AUGUACGGUACUGUCUCUCAGCCAGUACAACUCACGACCACGGCUGAGGUAGAGCAGCAGUACGACGGCUCCCAUUGGGGCUGGGUGUCGAUUAACAUCGAACGUGGCACUGGGUUCGGAAGCUCGCGUUGUGUCUCUACUCAGACAGAAUACCUACAUGGUACUACGAUUGUUAGUCGUGGUACAAGCUCCCAAAGAACAGUCAUAACACUUUUCUUGGGUAUUUCUUUAGACAUAUGCAAGUUGCGGAUCAAGGCCAAGAACCAGUCACAGUUGGAGUUGUAUAAAGCACCUGGCACAACCCCGAUAUUUUCUAUCCAACAUCCAGCGCAUCACUCUCGUUCUAAGAGCAACAGUACCUGA